ACCAAAACUUUGUGUGCCCCACUUUAUUACAAUAUUUGCCUUAUUGCAUUUGUCUGAAAUCAAACCCACAACAUCUGUGGGGUUUCAGCCAGUUUUCUUGCUUGCUUGUUUAAUUUUAUCCCAACCGGACAUUCAGAACUACCUGACGCUUUUGGUUUCAGAGCUGUCAGGAGACAGUGCUCCUUGCUGUUGUUGAGCUUUUCCCACUGACCUCUUCCCCUCCCAUCCCUAUUCUUCCACAUCUCAGGGACUAAUCAGAGCAGAGAAAGCAGAAAUGUAAGUUAGUUAAAAAAAACUGACGAGAGGUGGAACACUCAUUUUAAAGACAAGGCAUUCCGGGGAGUAGCGAUAGAAGCAAGGGAGGGACGGUAGCAUUGAAGAAACCUUGGUCAGCUUAAAGAAAGCAAACCACUUAGAUAAUAAAAUAUAAGACUUCAUGAGUGAAUGAGUUGAAAGCGUGUGGCACAUUCCUGUUUUAUCAUUGUUUGGACGUUACAUUUUGCCUCUCUUUCCAGGCAAUUUCCAUAAGUUAUAUGGAACCAGGGAACCAAACAGCUAUUCCAAAAUUCCUCCUUCUGGGACUUUCAGAAGAUAGGGACCUGCAGCCCGUCCUCCUUGGGCUGUUCCUGUCCAUGUACCUGGUCACGGUGCUCGGGAACCUGCUCAUCAUCCUGGCCGUCAUCUCCGACGCCCACCUGCACACCCCUAUGUACUUCUUCCUCUCCAACCUGUCCUUUGCUGACAUCUGCUUCACCUCCACCUCCGUCCCCAAGAUGUUAGUGAACAUCCAGACACACAGCAAAGCCAUCACAUACAAAGGCUGCCUCGCGCAGAUGUGUUUUUUCUUGCUUUUUGGUGGACUAGAUAGUUUGCUACUGACCGUGAUGGCCUAUGACCGGUUUGUGGCCAUCUGUCACCCCCUGCGCUACACGGUCAUCAUGAACCCCCGCCUCUGUGGUCUUCUGCUCUUGCUUUCUUGGAUAAUCUGCCUGACGCAUUCUCUGCUGCAAAGUUUGAUGGUUUUGAGGCUGUCCUUCUGCGAAGAAGCAGAAAUCCCCCACUACUUCUGUGAACUUGCUUAUAUACUCAAGCUCGCCUGCUCUGACCCCCUUGUUAAUGACAUCCUGCUGUAUUUUCUGUCUGCUCUGCUCGGUGCUAUUCCCCUGACUGGGAUCCUUUUUUCUUAUUCUAGAAUUAUCUCCUCCAUAAUGUGCAUUUCCUCUGCUGGAGGGAAGUACAAAGCCUUUUCCGCCUGUGGGUCUCACCUCUCCGUCGUCUCCUUGUUCUACGGUACGGGCCUGGGGGUCUACCUAACUUCUGGAACAGCCCAGCCCUCCAGAAGGGGUGCGAUGGCCUCGGUGAUGUACACCGUGGUCACCCCCAUGCUGAACCCCUUCAUCUACAGCCUGAGGAACAGGGACAUCAAAGGGGCUCUGAGGAGACUUUUUGGCAGAGGAAUUGCUCUCUCAGUGACAUCACGGAGGUUGGGCCCUGAUCCUUCAUGGAAAACCAUGGUUCAAGCUCUUCAGUAAUGGAAUAAAGCCACUGGGAGCAGCUGGAUCCGCCCCCACUCAAAGGCAGGUCAUUGCUCACCUGGGGAAGGACCGGGAGGAAUCACAGGGGCACAUGAGAGAACUUUUGGGGGUUCACUAUUUUGAUUGUGCUGAUGGUUUCAUGGGGGUGCACGUAGGCCAACAUGUGUCAGAUUAUAUCCUUUAAAUAGGCGAAUUUCCUACAUCUCAAUAAAGCAAUUCCUCUCACUUAGACACGUGCAAUGGAAACAUGCUCGCCUUGUGGCCAACUGCAAAACAGAAAGGCUGUGAUGUCUUCCUCUCCUUGUACCCAGGCCCCUACUGUGUAACUCUGCCCUUCUGCUCUGGGCUCACCCACGUGGCUACAAUGGCCCACGGGGUGUAGGCAGAACAGACACGAGCCAAGCAUUCCCUUGCUUGUGCAGUGAGCUUGCGCCCCUCUGGAUUCCCCCAGCGACCUGUGAGUGCCCUGCCUAGCUGGGGGAGGAGACCUUGAGUGAAGAACGAGCGACACUCCACCCCCCCCACCACACACACACACACACACACAUACAUACACACACACACACACACCGCCCAGCAACCGGCUGCGGAAGCCAGACAGGAAGAGCGCUCACUCCUGGGGCUGAGCACAGCCCAGAUGGUCAACCCACAAACUGUAAAACCACCGUGGUUGUUUUAAACCACUGUUUUGGGUGGUCACGCAACAAAACCUACUGGAAAUAGGCCUCCUUCAUCCCACUCCUCAUACAUGGUACCAGUUUCCCGGCUCAAUUGCAAACCGUAUCAAAUGUCAAUGGACUCCCAUCAAUUUCCAAUUAAUACUGAAAUUGAGGCCGAUACUAACAUACUGCUGUGUGUGUUAUACAAUGUCCCAUAUUACACUUAAGCUUUGCCUCCUACUUCAAAGAUCCUCUUGUAUCUCGAGAACGUGAUAUAUUGCCCUAUCUUUUGUGCCUAUGCAAUAGAGAUCGGCGUGCUUACGGAAGUCUGCUCGUGAACACUUAGCAAGCCUUCCACACUCUGCUCGCACCACCCCCUCUGUUACCCUCCCAGUGGCCCUCCUUGACCUCCCAACCUGCGCUCUCUUAAGGGCAAUACCAUCAACUAUCAGUCUUUCUUCCCCAAACCUAAGUGUGAGGCACUUAACCGAUACUCAUUGGGUGUAUACAGUAGGUUUCCCAGAGGGGAAAAAUUCCUGAGCGGAUGGAAGCUUGCCCAAAUGUCACACAACACAGAGAGGGGCCCUGCUGGGGAAGACUGUGUUGGUGUAAUCAGAAGUCCCCUCCAGAGACACCUGUGAGAUACUUGGCUAUCCAAAGAAUUGGCGGCGAAGUGCAAUGGGAUGCGACAGCCCUGAGCCACUAAGGUUAUCCUUGGGAUUCAUUAUUUUCCUCUCCCGUCAUUACUGCUGUUGGCGGAGGAAUUGGGGACGAAGGGAGCAGUGGUGCCCGAUUCCCACCGCUCCUCAUUAAAGAAAUGGCCCCAUUUCACUCUCUCCUCGUCCUUAGGCCAGGCCUCUGGGGUGCAUAUUCUUUUUCCCAAACCUAAACAAGAGCCAGUGAUUGUUACUUCUUCACUAAUAAGCCCAGGAAAACUUUUUUUUUUAAGACAGAGUCUCACUCUGCCAUCUGGGGUAGAGUGCAGUGGCA